GAAGCCCACUUCGACUCCGUAGCAUCGAGUCUACGCCAUCAGUUCUCCAACCAGCCGCUCCAGCUACCGACACGACGACCGCCGCCGCCGCCGCCGCCGCCGACCACGUAUCGACAGAUAGAGCGAUGGUUGUCCAAACACAAGGCUCUUACCGCUGCCAUUGUGGCCUUCGCCGUCACGGGCUCAGUGGCUUCAUACAUCUACAUGAGGAGUCAGAAGCUUCAUCGGAAGCGACGUGCGGGGAAGUCGGCCUCUGGCGCUCGUACAGACAUUGUCGUCGUCGCAGGCGCUGUCGCAAAUCCCCUCACCACCGCGCUAUACCUCGAGCUAGAACGGCGAGGAUUCGUCGUCUACGUCGUCGCAAACACAGCAGAAGACGAGCGAUACCUCCGGAGUCAAUCCCGAGCCGAUCUCAUACCGCUUCCGCUAGACCUCGUAGAUCCAUUCAAAGCCGAGGGCCAGACGAUGCGCUUUCGCACCAUGUUGACCCGCCCGCGUGUUGCCUUCGAAGGAGCCGAACCGCACAGACUGCACUUCAAAGGCUUGGUGCUGGUGCCAGAUACACAGAGCUCGCCAGCAAGAGUAGAGCAUAUCAGCAGCGAGGAGUGGUCGGAUGCGCUGAAUGCGAAGGUGUUGAACACGAUCGCGACAACGCAAUUGCUCCUGCCGGCCGUCGUCGAGAACAAGGCAAAGAUACUGCUGCUGACACCGAGCGUGGCUCCGGCCCUGAGACUGCCUCAACACUCGAUCGAGAGUACUGCUUACGGCGCACUGCAGGGCUUUAGCUCAUCUCUAGCUGCUGAGCUGGAGCAAGACGCAAUCACGCUGUCACAUCUCAAACUUGGAAAUUUCGACAUUCCUAUGGUGACAGCAAGGCAAAAGCGAGAAGGGAUACCACCGCCGAGACUCCGGCCGACGCCACUCCGCCAGCUGCACGACACCGUCUUUGACGAACUUGUCGCCAAGCGACCACAUACACGACUACACAUUGGACGCGGCAGCAGAACGUACGAUCUUAUCGGCAGCAUGGCGCCACCAUCCUUCAUUGCAUGGAUGAUGGGUGCUGGCACAAGACCGAGCCUCGCUCGAGGGACAAGUGACGAGUCUUUGUCUCGAAGUGCUGGCAGUUUGACUUGGGAAAGGGUUGACGAGAACGAAGAAGCAUAG